AAUUGAUGUUGCACCACGGCAAGUGCAGCAAGCAGGGAGGAGCAUCACGCGUUACCCGUGCAAUGAAUUAUGAUCGCGUGACAAUAAAGAGCAGGUUGUAUGGCGUGACAAGCUAUGAACGAAGCAGCACUUGCAACUUCGUCUUUCAGCUCAACUGCGCGGCAACCUUUACUCGAAGGCAAGGAAGCCCUUGAACUUGGUGGAAAAAAGAUGUACAGCUUCACCUCUGCAGCGACGACCAACAAAGUCAAAUCCUCUUCCCCUCCCGUGCCCAUUCGCUCUUCCCGUCGACAAGAUUCCUUCUUCAGCACGAGGACUAGUUCUAGCAAUCAGCUGCAUAAAGGACGAGGUGGCACAACUGGAACCAGCUCUAGUAGUACCGCGAAAUUCCAGCUGUUGAGGAAAAGCAGCGAGGAUCUGUUUUUCCGGGGCUCCACACUGCUGUUAGAGGGGUACAGUGCGGAGGACGAGGAGGAGCGAGCAGGAGCCAAGGAACGAAACUGUUUUGACCUCCUCGGAAGGGGAAGGGAUACAGCGGUGGACGACCUGGUUCUCGUUCCGGUCGAAAAUGUGCGAAGCAGACCUACCCUUAGCACAGAUCCUAAGGAACAAACACGAGAGCACUGCUCAUCCUCAGAGGGAAAAGCAACCGGUUCAUCUCCAAGUUGUUCUUCCGGUAGGAAAUCAUUUUCCAACACCGCUGCACUUUCGCCGGGUCUCUGUCGGCAAGACAUGCACCUUCGCAGCAGCCCGAUGCGAAAGACGAAAUCCAGCUCGUCAUUGCAUUUGGUGGAUUACUGCACGACUUUCGAAGAUUUGCAGUGCGACGACGACUUCGUGCAACUGGUUUUUCAGCAGGAAGAACGAAAUGACCACGAGAACAAUUUGUACGACUAUGUAGGUGGAAGUAAAACAGACACAAGUAAAGCUAGAACUUUUCGUCCAGCUAGAGAUGAUCCAUCGCGGUCCGGCGGAAAUUUGUUGUCUAUGAAGCAAUUAUCGAGUACUGCCUCUUCUACUACACCACGAAGGACGUACGAUAGAAGCACGCAACUCCUAGUCCACGAGGACGACACUGGUGGUCCGCCGGAUUCGAACCUCCGGCCUCAGAACAACGGCACAGAACCUACAACACAUUUCCACCCCGACCAUUUUGCACACGAUUUCGCAGGAGCUUCUACGGACCAGGAAGAUGGCGGCCCCUUCCGUGGUGAUCCGACGGGGAACACCGCAAGCAGGCGCACCAAGCCCCUCUCCUCUUCUGCUUCCUGCGACUACGCGUUCUGGGUGCUGUUGAUUCUGAUCGGCUUCUGGAUGGCCUUUCUGUCCG